AUUACGUAAACUGUCAACCAAAACCUUCAACAAACAGGAAAAAGUCCCAAAGCAGAAUGAAUACGAUGAUUUCGUAAAUAAAUCAUCGGAAUCGCAAUAAUACUACAUGGAUUCGAGGUGUUCGUGAAGUUUCCCCUUUUUUCCUUUAACCAGUAGUUCUAGUGAGCGCAGUACUUUCGCGUGCCCGGUGGUGUGUUUUCUGCUGGCAGUCGAAUCUGUGAAUCGUCGUGGUGGCGCAACUGUGCUGGGCGCUGAAUGGCACAAUAGCUGAAGGAAAAAGUGUUGGCUAAUAACGCUCGAUAUUAGCGGGUUACUUACUGCUGGUGUCCGUACGUUUAGGUGCUAUUUUUGUUCGCUACGCCAAAGCAAACGGGUCAGUUGGUUCCUCCAAAGCCAUACGUGCAGCGAUGAACGGACGCAUGGCUUACUGAAUUUCACUAACAUUGCACAGAUUUUACUUUGCAGCUGGCAACCGGUUGGCAACGUACGAACGACAGCAUCCGCGAACGAACGCAACUGGCUGCUGGUGAGGAACGCUAGUACGUGCUUUUUGGCUUACUAGUAUGUCGGGUUCGUCGUCUACGAACAAGCUAGAUCAUCAACAACAAGAGCAGGAAACUGAACAGCAGCAACAGCAGCAGCAAGAGCAACAACAGCCGCUAGAUGAAACACAGCAACAGGAGCAACAAUGUCCCCAGCAGCAACCGAAAUGGGUGUGCGAAUACUGUACGUACGAGAACUACCCGUUGUCUCUUAAGUGCAUCAUGUGCAAGGGUCCCAAACCACUGCUUAAGGAGGACAUAUUUCGGUACGUAUCGAUGCUAACCCGUGCGCCAAAGCGCGUUCCUCCAUGGGAGACCUCCAUGAAUGAUGAACUUUCACUCCCGCUCUCACCUCUCUAUUCCAUUCUCUUUUCGGUUGGUGUUGUGCGCAGCCUUAGUCCAACGCAGCAGCUCAGUGCGACGAGCCGAUCGAACCCAAAUCUCGCUAGUGGGGCUGUAAAAUCGCCUUCGAUCACCGAGCUCGACUCUAAUCAGCGAUGGCCAUGCUCGGCGUGCACCUACCUGAACCUACCCCACACCAGGCGCUGCCUGCAGUGCGAUACCGUGCGCAAGGAGGACCAGCAGGAUCAUCAGCAGCAGCACCACAACCACAACCACCAACAGCAGAAAGUGAUAAGCGAGUACGAUAGCAUUAGCGAACAUUUAAACGCGAUGAAUAUUUGCCGAAGUGGUCCCAGCCCCGGAGAGGACGGUAUUGUUUCAACUAGCGGCGCAGGUAGUGGCAAGCGCAAUCGGAACAAUUCGCCCGCUUCGGGCGGCUCGUACGGUUUCAGUUCGCGUCUGGGGACGAACGCAAACGACGGCGAACCGGCGACCGGUAAAGGCUGUGCGAGUGAUGCCAAACACUCACCCUCCCCAGUGUCCUCCUCGCCCGUCAGUACGAUGAGCCGAGCGGUGGCCAGCUCCCCGGUCAACGCAGGGAAGUGGUUCUGCUCCGUGUGCACGUACGAAAAUUGGCCCAAAUCGCUCAAGUGUUCGAUGUGCUUGCAUCCCCGUGAUUCCACCACCAGUACGGUGGGCAGUAGAAGCAAUCAGGCCGCAGCGAAAGCGUCACCCGAACACGACGAAAACACCAUCAAUGUGGCUAGCAACAUUAUGGUGAACAACAAGCGCAACCAGCAGUUCGUGGGCCAUGCGGACUCGAUCAACAAUAUGGAUGCGUGCAAGCAGGAACGCUACCUGCAGCUGCUGCGCCGGCAGCCGGACUGGGAUUGGCUGAACGCUUGCGUAGGCAUUGCGGAAAACAAUAUCGGCGCGGUGGAAGCGUACCUGGAGUGUGGCGGCGAUCCGAGCCGAGCCCUCACCUCGGCCGAAGCGUUCCUGAUCAGUCGCAACAACUGUGCAUUCGAUGUGGGCCACACGCUGAUUCAUCUCGCUAUACGGUUCCAUCGGGAUGAAAUGUUACCGCUGCUGUUGGCGCAGAUUUCCGGCUCGGGACCCGGCAUCAAGCGGGUGCCGGCCUACGUGGCACCCGAUCUGGCCAGCGACAUACGCCGCCACUUUGCCCAGUCCCUCCGAAUACGGAAGGCUUCGUUCAACUGCCAGUUUGUGAACGAGCAUGCGACGUUUUCACUGCCGGCCGACAUCGAGGAGCUGCCGCUGGUGCUGCAGGAGCAGCUGUACGAGGAGCUGCUAGACAAGGAUGCGCAGAAGCAGCUGGAAAUGCCACCGCCCGCCUUGAACUGGUCGCUCGAAAUCACCGACCGGUUGGGUUCGCGGCUGAUGGUGCUGUGGAAUCGCAGUGCCGGCGACUGCUUGCUCGAUUCCGUCAUGCAGGCCACCUGGGGUGUGUUCGAUCGCGAUAACACUCUCCGGCGGGCGCUAGCCGAUAGUUUGCAUCAAUGCAGUCACAUAUUUUAUCCGCGCUGGAAGGAGAAUGAACUGUUCCAGGCGGCAUUGCUCCAGUACACCGUGGCCGAGAUGCAACUGGAGAAGGAUUGGAACACGCUGCUGUCGCUCGCUAGUCACCCGGGCUCGUCGCUAGAGCAGCUGCACAUUUUCGCCCUGGCACACAUCAUGCGCCGACCGAUCGUCGUGUACGGUGUCAAGUACGUUAAGAGCUUCCGCGGAGAGGACAUUGGAUUCGCCCGCUUCGAGGGUGUCUAUCUGCCGCUGCUGUGGGAGCAAAGCUUCUGCAUCACUUCACCGAUCGCACUCGGCUAUACGCGCGGUCAUUUUAGUGCACUGGUUCCGACCGAACCGUACUCGCGAAUCGAUGCAACGCGCGACGACCGGGAAGACAUUACCUUUCUGCCUCUGAUGGACUGUGAGAUGAAGCUACUGCCAAUUCACUUUUUAACAAAAAAUGAGAUUGGUCGCGAGGAGAUGUUACUCCGCCAGUGGCUGGAGGUGUGUGAAACGGAGGGCGGACUGCUCGUCGCUCAGCAGAAGCUCCACAAACGUCCACUAUUAGUCGCUCAACUGCUUGAGGAAUGGCUUAACCACUAUCGUAGAAUAGCGUACGUAUGUCCAGUCCAAAUGAAACAUCAUCCUUAAAACAUAUAUCUUCCGUCGUUUGUUCCCGUUGCAGGAUCUCGAGGCUGUUUUAAAUUAGAAAUCGUUUACAUGUGCUACUGUAGUACAUUAUUUCGGUACAUUGCCCGUAUGUCCGGCUAGCGUAACGGAUGAGUGCAGGCUUUAAAAUGUAAAACAACAACAACAGCAGCAACAAAAAACGCUUACGAGCUAAUCUUUCCCUAGUCCUGUUGCACGGGUCAUUUUGGAACUACUUAUAUCAGUGAUUCAUCCACCAUGGUGAGUUAGUUGUUGUAGUUUUGUGUUUGAUUACUUCCCCCGAUUGCUUCCGAUGCUCUAAGCGGGCGCAGUACGCAGAACACGAAUGCGUGCAUUUGCCCACGUGGCGGCAAACAUUACUUUCGAGCUCCUUUCGGUGCAUGGUUUUGUUUGGUUUGGUACAAAGUGACGCAACACGGCAGCAGAAUGUGUUUGAUUGUCACUCGUGAAAAAUUAACGCUGUGAAAACAAAACAAACGCAAAUCUAUUCGUAAAUCGUUCCGUUGUGAACGCUGAUAAUAUCAUGUUACGACAAAAAUAUCCAGCACUUAAAUAGCUGGCAAGGUUACUACUCUAUUCUUAUCCAAAUCGUAUAAAGAGAGUAUAUUUUUGUAUCCCCUUUUUGCUCCCCAGCAAUAGUAAAUUCAUUCCUAUUGCAUGUUGGCGUGAUGGGUCUUUUAAUCUUGACCAGUGUUUAACGUCCCGUUUUAACAUGUUUGUUCAAGCUACUAAAGUAUCAAGUAAUCCCUUCAUGUAAUCGGUUUGGUGGUGCAGAUGAAGCAUCCUUUCAUCUUACUUUUGUGGCACAACAUUAGCCCAUUAUUUGCAACUGGUAUGAAUUUUUAACUAAGUUACCGGUUUGAAAUCUAAAUGAACUACGUUUUGUGGAUGGCAUGUUCCAACGGAGAAAUGCAUAUAAAAGUUCUCCCUGCACAUUCUGCAUUAAAGUCAAUUUUCCAGUUAAGAAAAUAAUCGUGUGCGUGUAUGCCAACGAAAAGAAGAUGAGUUUUUUUUUUGCAUCUAAUCAAACAAUGUCGUUUCCCUUUACGGUGCGUUUGGGAGAGAGGAAGUAUAAAAAAGAACUGUAAGUUUCCGUGCGUGCAUGUUCAAUACAUUAUAAUAACAGUAGAUAAGCUAAUGGAGAACGUUAAGAAGCCGAACAAUAAUAUAAUGGAUUCAUUAUUCUAACGAAAUCAUAAAGCGAACGGCAGUGUAACGGUGAAGUAUAACGUAGCCCAUGGUAUAGUUUCGCUUAGCACAGUGAGUUAUUACAAUUUCGAGCGGCUAUAAACGUGUAAGGAUGGCAGAAUAGAUCUAAUCUAUUUGAGGCGACAGUUUUCUUUCGUACUACCUAUUAAUGCCUAUUGAUACCACAAACACACAUACACACACACACAGAUUGUUGAAUAUUGUUAAGUUUCAAAGUGAAGUUCGUUUGCUUUCUUGGGUUCAAAACUGGUAGAAUGUGUAUAUAGUUACGUUUUCAGCUAAACACGCAACACCUGUAUGAAGCAUAUAUUUUAAAAUAAAUUAUUGUUUGCUCACAAUGUAAA